AUGGUGGCGCCGUCGUGCUGCCUGGAAUAUCGCCCCACCGCCACUCUUCUCUUCAUCAUUCUCUUUGUCAUCUUCCCGCUGAUCUACGUCUGCGGACGGGUUUGUUUUUUUCUUUUUUUAAUAAGCUGGAAAUUUGAAUAAAUAAAAAAAAAUAAAAAUGCAAAAAAAAAUAAAAUGAUAAAGAAAAUUAUAAUGAAUGAUAGAUAAUGAAAAUAUAUAAUGACGACAGAUGACAGGGUUUUUAUAGCGGUUUUAGUGUAAUUUUGAUUGGGCGCGGCGUAGCUCAACAGGUUGUGUGCCUGUCUACGGUCCACAGGGUCACAAGAUCGAUCCUCGACCCAAUCAAGGGGAUUAGGAAAUGUUGGUAGUGGAAACCACGGCUUCAUAAUCCCCAGCCGUCACACACAAGGACGGAUGUCACUCGAGCCAGUCCACUGAUUAUUACUGAUAUGAUGAUAAAAUAUCGUCUAAUCGACUUGAGACGCCGACGCCGCUCAAGCGGUAUAAAAGGCGUAGGAAGAAGAAGAAGAAGUAUAACAGUUUACAAGGGUUUUCAUAGCGGUUUUUGUGUAAUUUCGACUUGGCUGAAAUCUACUUCAGGACCUCCUGAAUCUCAAGGAAUAAACAAUUUCCGUAUUUUUGCAUUUCAGUCGAGUUAUGACACUUCAAAGGCUUCAAGUAGCGCUUUUUUUUCUGAGAGUUUUAAAAUCGGAGCGUUGUAGAUGGACUGUAAGGUUGAAUUCGAUAAACAUUCCUUUUUCUGAAAUCAAUGGUCCUGAAAUAGGGCCCAAGUAGGUGGGAAGCGGGGUUUUAAUAUUAUGGUUGAGAAUUUCCUGAAAAUCGGCUAGAAAACUCCUUGGUGUAUCAGAAGGAGAUCCGGGAAGUCUCAACCUGCACAACUUCCCAGUUUUUCAGGCAAUAAGGGCUCAAAGUGAAGUUUCUAGAAAUUAAUAAUAAUAAUAGAUCACAUGGAAGGUAAAACCACUAUACCUAGCCGGUAGCAUCCAGAUACCGACCAGGCACCAUAGAGAUAGUACCCGGUCGCAUACAAACGACGCCGAUUGGAUUUGAAGUUGCUACCCGGUAGCUAUAGCUGAUUCACGGCUCAAUUGAUCCAUCGUAAAAAGGGUCCUGACACGAUAAUGCACGAGAUAGCGCUGGCUCGUGGAGAGCGCAGACAGGACACGCCCCCUUAGCGUCCCAAGCUAGCCGUGAAUCAGCUAUACCUGUAUCGACCUCCCGAUUGUGUAUAAAAGCCUGAUUACACAGAUCGUUGUAUCUCGCCUGGCCACCAGCCCAGCUAACUCACCUUGCCAAACGUCCUGUGGAGCAGAAGGAAGUGGUAGCAGGAGUCAGUCGUCCGUGGGCUCUGGAGAUCCACAGGGCGAUUGGCAGGGCGACUGAGUUGGGCUGGUGGCCAGGCGAGAUAUGAGGAUCUGGGGAAUCAGACCUUUAUAUAGUGGAUUUAUCUCGCACGUGAUCUAUUAUUAUUAUUAUUGGCAUGAAAAAGUGUACGCGAAAACCUUUUUUGGCACGGAAAAGUGAUUUCAUUACUACAUACGUGAUCAAUUGGAGGUGGUGCCGUAGCUCAACAGGUUGUGUGUCUGUCUACGGUCCAUAGGGUCACAAGUUCGAUCCCCGCCUCGACCCAAAAGGGGUUUAAGAAAUGUUAGUAGUGGGAAUAGUCUUUUUAAUAGAUCUUGGGAGUCUUUUUUGCGAAAUUUGAGGGGUUUUUUCCUCAAAAACUGAGAAGUUGAGCAGCUUGAAACUUCUAGAAUUUUUAUUUGAUAAAUCAAUGACUUUUUUUUGAUAAAUCUGGUCAAUGUUUAGGGAAGGGACAGGCUCCAGUAAAAUUACCUCCCUUGUCAGUCAAAUUCCAUCAAAAGUUCCACCGAAUGCCCAAAAAAUAUAUUUUUUAGAGUUAAUUUCUGAUGAGACUGCUGAGCUUGUUCCGGAAAGAAUUUCAGCCAUUUUCAGGUGACAACUUGCGCCCUAACGAUAGUCUUCCGAAUAGCCAAGGGCCUCUGUCAGUUCCUGUUUUUCGAGCCGGAGGAGCUCGACGAAGAAGUUUCGAAGCAGCUCGAAGAGCGCGAGAAACGUCGGGCCGAGCGACGUCGACGACGAGAGGUUCGUAUUUUGGAUGGUUCUUGAAAAAUUACCGAAAAAUGUAGUUUUUGAGCAAGUUUCGUCGAAAAAACGACAAAAUUUAUUCAGAAAUACCAUUUCAGUGUAGUGUUUUUGACUUGAAAUUCAGAAAAAGGUGUAAUUUUUAGAUUCAAUCUGAAACACGGCUCCAAGAAGAGUUUAGGUUUCAUACGGAGGUUAUUUUAGUCCGAAGUUUAGAAAUUCUUAAUAAUCGGCCAACCUCUGCGUCUAAUGUAGUCAAGGACCUCGAAGAGUCUCCGAAAAAGCUUUCAAAAGUUCCAAAAUCCAUGCCAAAUAAGUCUGUUUCAUCGGAACCAUCAAACAAACCCUUUUCAGCAAAAAAUCCAGCUGAAAGCCCAGUUACUGCGGGCUCAGUUCGUCGAGGCGAGCGUGACGGCGGAUCCCGUCGAGCUGAUGCUCAACGGCGACAUCGCGCCCCUCACAGCCCUUCCUGACGUCCCCACGACGACAGUCACGACGACAAAGGUCGUCGUCGAGAAGAGCAGCGACAUCAGCGACUCGCUCAACUCGGAGAACGAGACCGAGGAGUUCGUCGCCAACGGCGUCGACCACCAUCGCAAGCCCCUCAACGGCGUCCUGACCAAUGGACACGCCAGGAAAUAG